GGUAGGUACAUUUUUUUUGUUUUUAAAUGAAUCAUUUUUCAAAACGGUCACUCACUAAAUAAGUGAACAAGUAAAAUUCUUAUAUUAACCAAUAUUCGUCUUCGUAUUCGUAGUGUAAGCACAGGCAAAGUGCUCAACUCUCAGUUCCUCACAGAAAGAAGUAAUGUCAUUUUCAUUUCCAAUGUUUGUGAGAGAAAAGGAACUUCUUAAACACCAGAAAGAGAAAGCUAUAACCGAACGAACAACCCGAACCGAACCGACACUGACACAUCCACACUUAUUAUUUCGAAUCAAUCGAAUAACAGUUUUGGGUUCAUCGCGGCUAAUCCCGUACCCGUCGUCGAUGUUGAAUUCAAAGCGAAAUAGUCUUUAAUAAAAAAUAAGAUUUCUCCCAAUAAUGCGAAAUUAUAUAUUUGCUAGAACCAACAUUUUUGUAUGAAUUCGAAUUUUUUUUUAAAUUUAAAUCUUAAAAGAAAAGUAACAACAAAUAUAUUUACAAAAGCUGUUUGGAAAGAAAUACAACAAAAAAAAACAACAAUUUUAAAAUUUUAAGUUCAGUGUUUUAGUUUUUAUUUUAUUGUGGAUUAAAAUAUAUAAGCAAUACUGUAUAUGUUUAAAGCGUGAGUGAAUCAGAAAUAACAUCGCCGAUAAAACUAAAAUACACUACCCAAGGAUAACAUGAAAAUCGUGUAAAAAUUUGCAAAAUCAUUAAAUAUUUUUGUGAUAUUGAUAAUGGUAAAUUGUUGAAAAAGAAAAAUGAACAAACUUUCUAAUGAACUUUUUUUUGAACAAAAAAGCAUAUAAAAUUUAUAAAAACCCCAACUAUCAAAAGAGAAUAUUGAACACAAAAUUUCACUCUCUUCUCCUCGGUAAAGUGUAAUCAAGAAAGCAACUUUAAAUUGCACGUGUAAAAGAGAGACAGCAUGUUUAUGGUGGAGAGAUAUUUUUGAAUACAACUUUAAAAAAUCGCUGUGUAAACACGGCUAGUGACAGUGAAAUAGAAAUAAAUAAAAAAGUGCACACACAUUAUCAAGCUCACCAAUCCUACUUUAAAGUAUACAUAAGGAAUGUGAGUGUGUGUGUGUUUGGUUCAAAGAAAAAUCUUCAAUUGUCGCCAUUUUCAUCACCACUCACCACAGUCGCUCGCAAACGUCGUCGUGUCGAUGUUUAAUCGUCGGACUACACUACUCUUAUUAUACCAUAUACCUACCAACUUCAGGCAGAAUUGAAAUUCCUUUCAAAUAGAAUUUGAGUCAGUUUUCUCUAACGCACAUUAUAAACCAACAACAACAAAAAAUCAAAUCAAUCUUGUGUGUGGUAUUUUAACUUAAAAUUGUGUGGUGAAUAGUUAAAUUAAUUUUAAAAUUGCACAACCCAAAGCAGGAGCCUUUAUUUAAAACGUUAAAGAAAAGUUAAGAAAAUAACGCAUCUUACAGUAAAAAAAAAGUUUAAUAUUAAGAAAAAAUUCAACUCGGAUUGAGACGAAGCAACCCACAUAAUUUUCUUUUGCGUUAUUUUUCAUCAUUUCGUGUAAAAAAGAAUAUAAAUUGCGUUCGUGUGUGUGUAUAUUGAUGAGUUUGCGUGUGUGUGUGUGUGUACAAAGAAAAGAAAAGAAGAGGAGAAGUGUAAAGUGAAAUAGCAAAGGAAAAAAACAAGCCAGUUUUUUUCUUUUUCCUUCGCUCCCAGAAAUAAGAAAAAGUGAGAAGGUACCUACUUCUACCUACCACAGAUCGAAGAUUUUUUAUAACAAGAAUUCAAAAAAUUAUUCAUUUAUCGGAUAAAAAGUGAAUGCAAAAAUAUAUAUUACAUGUAUACUACACCCAAACCCAAAGUCGACCCUAUGUCAUAUAAUAUACACUAUAAAACGAGAUAGAUAUAAACUUAUAAUAAAACUAAACUAUUAUUGCAGUAAAGUGGUGAAUUGUGUGUUACAGAGUGUGGUGAGAAAGCCCUUUUUUGACAUCUAAAGCUACAUAUUUUAUUCACCAUAAAGAAAACUGAUGAUUUUUUAAUUGAAUUUAUGGAUAUUUUUAUUAUAUUGAAAUUCUACAAAGUGAGAGAAGUGCCAUUGCCAAUGUAUAAAAAUCAAAACCAACACAUUUAAGAAUACAACACACGCAAAAAGAAAAGAUACAUAAAAGUGGAUAUACGUUGUUUCAUCGGUUUGAUCGCCGUCUCCGUCUCCAUUGUCGUCGUCGUUGCCGUCGCUUGAAAACAAGAAGAGUGCGUGUGCACUAGUUGUUUCUUCUUCGUUAUUUUAUCUCACCUCAUCUCGUCUCCCUCUUUCUUCUCCUUACUGCGAUCCAAUCCAAAGAGGGGAAUCAAAAAAAAAACAAAUUCAGUGUUCAUAAUUUUUCUCCUUUUGAAUCUUGAAUCUGAAUCGGCAGCGGAGUCCGAGUAUUGCGAGUCCUCUUUUGUCUAGUGUGAGUUGAGUGUGCCAUCAAACUCACUUGCUGCUUUUUAUGCAUAUAUAGAUAAUCUUAUAUUUUACUCGUGUCGUUCAUUGUCGUCGGCGGUAUAAUACAAUACAAAAAUACAACAAAAAGAAGUGUACAAAGGAAGAAUCAAAGAAAGAAAGAAAAAAAAAUAUAAAGAAGAAUCGAAAUCGAAUCCUCUGCAAGGGGUGUUGUUUGUGUGUUUUUCAAUACCAAAGUGAAUUGUUGAAAAUUUGUGUCUAUAAAGUCGUGGUGAAUAUUUAUUUUAUUUUUUCAACUUGAAUAUAAAGUGUGUUAUUGGCUUUAUAUUUGUGUGGUGUGUUUUUUUUUUCUUACCCGCAAUAUGAUGUGUUAAAAGAAAGAAAAUAAAAUUGUACCCGAAUUUAUAUUUAAGAAAAAAAAAAGCUUUGGUAUAUUCAAAAAAAAAUAGAAAAAUAAAAUAAAAAUUUAAAGAUCAAGUGUUAUCGGGGUGCAAAUGAAAAAAUAAAUGAAUUAAAAAGAAUAAAAUUCACUCGAAAAUGAAAAUGAGGUGUGAAUUAUACCAACUAUGACGCAUCAAAAUCACCAGACUAACGGCGCAAGUUUGGAGGAUUGCCAUACAAACUUCUUUGCCUUGACUGAUUUGUGCGGCAUUAAAUGGCGCAAAUUUGUAAAUGGUGAACGACACAAUGCAUCGGCCGAUCCACUUGACGAUCCAAUAUUACGCUCAUAUUCGCGAUGCAUGCAAGCGGAUAUGUUAUGCGUAUGGCGUCGGGUUCAAUCAACCAAACAAGAUCAACCCGACCCGAAUAAUACGAUGUCAUAUGAUAUUUGCACAUCGAAAAUACAUCCACCAUUAUCAUUUGCCGCUUCAAAAGAAUUAUGGAUAUUUUGGUAUGGCGAAGAACCAGACUUAAAUGGUUUAGUCGAUACGGAAUUAUUAAGAGUUUCUGCAAACCAAUUAAAUUGGAACGGAACCUGGGAAAAUGGACUCACCUACGAAUGCCGAUCUUUGCUUUUCAAAGCUCUGCACAAUCUUAUGGAAAGAUUUGUUUUAACAAAGGAUAUUGUACGGUUUGGAAAAUGGUUCGUCCAACCGUGUACAACAAAUGAUCGAAUUUUCGGAAAAAGUUCCCAACAUCUCUCAUUUUCUUUCACAUUUUUUGUGCAUGGCGAUACGGUGUGUGCUUCGAUUGAUCUGCGCGAGCACCCUGCCGUUCGACAGCUCACUGCUGAGCAUUUGGCUGAAGCGGCAGCAGCUUCAGCUGCUGCACAGUCUGGCCAGCAAGACAUACGGCAGCGUAGUGUUAUAUUAGCGCCAUUCGGGAUGGCAGCAACACUCACUGGAAACAGUUACAAGACUACAGAUCCCCUCGCCGAGAAGAUACUCGAAGAUUGGGCAUCAUUUUUUCCAUUGUGCAAUAAGGAAAAUUCAGAUCUUCCACCUGUGGUUGAAGUUGUGUCGGGUGGCCACAAAAUGUAUCAUCCCUCGAUGUACGUACUAGUCACAGAUCUAGACGAAAUGGAAAAUGUGCUCGAGGAAACAUCUACAGAUCAAUCACAGAGUAUACUAGCUGGCAUAGGAUUGGGAUUAUCUACAUCGGCAUCGGCUACAACAGCAGCAGCCGCCUCAUCAUCAUUAGUCAAUCCGAACGCAACACCAAUAAAUCACAUCUCUCCUCCGACACCCUCGGCGUGUGGCCUGAUUCCAGUUUCGAAGGCAACACCAACUGCUGGUGUUACGUCAACACUACCAUCACCAUCGCCUGGUGGUGGCGGUGGUGCUGGUGCUGGAACAACAACGGCAACAACACCAACAACAGCAUCAACCACAACAGGUGGUGUAUCACAACAAAACGAUACUGAAAAAUUGAGCUUGAAAAAGUUCGAAACAAAAUCGCAACCAUUUUAUGCGACUUCCAGAAACAAUACUCACGCACCGCCACAGGCUUCCACCGAAAUGCCCGAAAGGGUGUGGCAAGACUGCAUCACCAAUCCAAUUUCCAGUCUCAGUUUGAAUUCAAAUUUAAAUUCAAAUUCAUGUGAUGGCAUUAAGAUGGAAGUGCCCGAUGUUGCUAGUGGUGAUGUUUCUUCUAUGAACAACAACAACACUAACUCAACGUUGUCGUCGUCGUCAUCGGACACAAAACUGAUGUGGAACUUUGUUGAUCCAUCGCAAAAAGCCCAAUGCACUUGUACAAGGUGUAAAAAAACGACUAGUGGAAGUCGUUCAACUUGUCCAUCGUCUACGUCGUCUUCAUCUACGUCUAUGUCUACGUCGUCGUCAUCAGCCUUAUCUUCUACCGCAGCUAUUAAACUGACUGGCAGUAGUGGUGGUGGUGGUGGUAGUGGCAGCAGCAGUGCCCGUUCCGAUAAAUCGACACGUUUCACUCGUAUACCGUUUCAUAAAAGGCACACCACCGAUUAUUCUGGUUUUGGUGGUUCAACAACAACUGUCCUCACAGCUGUUGGUACUUCUUCUAAUUCUUUAUUUACCACCUCCUCCUCCUCAACCUCCUCUUCAUUAUUGUUGGCGGCGGCGGCGGCUGGUGGUAAAAAACCAAAGAAUCUUAGCAUUGAACAGUGUGAAGUGGAUCUGUCCAAAAGCGACCGCGAUGUCGUCCUCGACACCAUACCAAAUCAAAGAUCAAAUACAACUCCAGGCACUCCGCAUGGUGGAGGGUCAUCCUAUUCAAGAAACUCAAUUGGUGAUUCUAUGCCUGUACCUUCGGUGGGAUCACCAGGCAGUGCAGCACCAUCACCUCAUCCAAAUUCCACAUUAUCACAGCCAACUUCUGUCCCGCCUUCGGAUCAGUUGAUGUCUGUGAUAUCACCACGACCUCCGACAUCGGUGCCGCCCUUGCAGCAACCAGCGACCCCGAUUGAUCAUUUGCUUGAUAAGAAUACACCUGCACCAACGCCAACGGACCAGCAUGACAACAAGAGCAUCACUGCAUCGCCGUAUGUUCAGCCAACGCCUAGUGUGGAGCCUCCACCAUCGGCGGAAGGCAUGCAAUGUACUAACCCAGGAAGUGUCCCGCCACCACCAAGUGUCGAGCGUUGCACCCCAAAUCUUCAGUGUGGAACGAUAUCGGUGAAAAAGUUCGAAACCUCUGGCGGCAAUGGUGGGAAUAGUGUUGGCAGUGAGACUGUUGUCGGUGGAGCUGGUGGCAGUAAUACACCACCAGCGAGCAUUCCAGGUGCAGAUUCUCAGUUGGGCGGCAGCAAUAAUAAUCGAUGCAAUAAUAAUCUGGCAUCGUCAGCGGCCACAACAGCAUACUUUAAUCUUUAUAAACGUCCAAAACUGAUAGCUAAAGAAAUCGAGGGACUCGGAAAUGAUGAGCUAUUUACUUCAGACAUGUUGCAUGACUUUUCGCUCACUGAAGCAUGGUUAAACCAUCCUGUGAAGCGUUUCAAAGCCAAUGAAGCACCGAAACCACAUGGCAUGUUGCGUCACACAAAUCUCUACGAUAGUCACACGCAUAUGAAACCUCUGAUGCCAACCCCUGGCUCUAUUUACGAUACGCAUCUCAUGAAACAGGAACUUUCAUCUACAACAGCAUUUGAAGGCGGCCUUACAAACAACAGUUUAUCCAACUCUAAUAUUCUCCAAGAGCACGAAAUCAAAAAGGAACAACACUCUGGCUCUGAUCUCAAAGAGAAAGGUCCUAAGGGACGUAAUCUUUUUACAGCCGAAGGCUUGAAUCCAUCCUACAAUGAUCUGGAUCAAAUAUUCGAUAAUCCAGACGACGAGGCGGCUAUGCAAAUUCACACUCCACCAGAUUCAAAUAAAUCCUCGAAUGGAUGCACCAAUAACAUUGACGACUUGAAACGCUCAACGAACAAUACGAACAACACGUCGUUGAUAAAUAAUAAUAGUGCGACGUGUAACAGUAACAACAACAACAACAAUAACAAUGCGAACAUGAUUCAAGCGGAAGACUUGACCAAGAUGUUUCCAACUCCGCCAAGUCAUGAACAGCAUCAUCCCAAUUCGAGUCCCUGCGCUAUUGACAUCUCAAUGACGGAUCUAAAUGAGUCGGUGAAAUUCAAGCAGGAAUACUCAGCCGAGUUGGGCAGUCCGGUGGAGGAGAAGAUCGACGAUUGGUCUUAUGUGUAUAUGCCUCAGCAGAUGUGCAAGUUUGUGGGUUCAACCAAAUAUGCACCGCUGACCAAUUUGCCAAGUCAAACUUUGCCACCGCUUAUCAUUCCUUCAAAUUGUGUUUAUAAGCCUUCGUGGCAGCAACCUCCGCCCCAACGUCAGCAACAGCAGCAGCAGCAACAACAGCAGCAGCAACAACAACAGCAACAGCAGCAGCAAAAACAGCAACAACAACAGCAGCAGCAACAACAUCAACAGCAACAACAGCAAAUGCUGCAGCAACACCAUCAAGAACUUAUGUCAAGUACAAAUCCCAAUAGUCUGCACCCUCUGCAAAUGCAUCAACAGCUCCACCAGCCUCCACCGCCACCUCCUACAUCGACAGGCUCAAAUCUCUUGCUCAAUCAGCUGAAUUGUCCUCAAGCAGCUGUGACAAACACGAGCAAUCCAAUGAUGCAGCAAAUGCUGCGAGCUGGUCUCUCCCCAAUAUCACCAGCUCCAGGGGUAAUCCCACCACCACCAGGUGCAGCGGCAGCCAUCUUUCCACCCAGUCCAAUGAUGAACCGCAGGACACCUUUGCACCCGCCUCCACCUUACGAAGUUGCCACUUCUAGUCCAUCUAACUCAACAUCAUCCUAUCUGAACAAGCAGUUUCACUCACAGGAACCACCACAGACGCCCUCGGCGCCCGGCUCCAAUGCAUCUUGCUGUAUUCGCCUGCCUGAGGUUAGUUCACUGAUGGUCAACAUUUUGCUCUAUGACACAGCGCUGAACGUGUUCCGAGAUCACAACUUUGACAGUUGCACGCUUUGUGUGUGCAAUGCCGAUUCAGCGAAGUGUGUCGGCAACAUCCGAGGCGCUGACUCAGGUGUCUACGUCGCUCUCUCCGGAACGAGUUUCAAUCCAGCGAAUAGUAUAAGCGGGGCGGGAGCGGCCGCAGCUGGAGGAGGAAACAAUUUAUCACAGCACCACGGGAAUAAUAUGCGAAUGCUUAGUGCCUUCGGUGGACUCGGUUCGCCGGCAUUGAUGGGUGGAGCGAUAGGCGGAGCCAGCGGUCAAGGCGGCGCAAACAACCACAUAACUGGAUACCUCGACGAUGAUCCACUUUCGUGCUCGUGCGGCUUCAGUGCUGUGGUAAAUCGCCGACUGGCCUACAAAUCUGGACUCUUCUACGAGGACGAAAUGGAAAUCACUGGAAUCGCAGAAGACCCUGCCAAAUAUAAGAAGAAGUCUCUGCUCGCUCUGCUAUCCAGCCUUGCGUCGUCAUCAGCGAAUGGCCGGAGUCAAUCGACCUCGUUGGCUCUGAUGCCAGCAAAUGGUGAUGCAUUCAAUAGCGAACAGCACAUAAUCCUCGACCUGCUGAUGGAUCAGUGUACUAUGAUUCAAACUUCAACCAGUUCCAUUCACAGAGCGAUGAGUCGUCACCGAAGAAAAAAGACCAAAAUUGCCCCCAUAACCCUAAUAGCUAACGUCCUAGAGUACACAGAUGCCAAUGACAUCAUCUGCCUUGCUUUGGAACAAGCGCGUCUGGCAUUCAACCGUAUGGAGCUUGCGACAAACCGGAGCAAUAGUCCACCACCAUCGUCAGCAGUGAGUGUUCACAAAUGGCCAUACAUCCCCGCGGGCUAUACUCGAAACAACAAAGACAUAAUGCACAUCAUGAACUCAAUGCAACCCCUUCUCCAAAACGCCUUCCACAUAAAGUCCAGUCCGGGACAAAAAGAUGCCACGUAUACGGUAAGUGGGCCAUUGACAUGGAGACAAUUUCAUCGGCUGGCCGGUCGAGCCUCUGGACAAUGUGAACCACAGCCAAUUCCCUCGGUCACAGUGGGUUAUGAUAAGGAGCUGAUAUCAGUUGCUCCCUUUGCUAUACAUUACUGGGACAAACUUCUCCUCGAACCGUACUCGUAUCAUAGGGACAUUGUGUAUUUGAUCAUUUGUCCAGACAAUGAUUACGUAAUCAGCAAAACGAAGACUUACUUUAAGGAACUCAGCACAACCUACGAGAUGUGCAAACUGGGUCGACACACGCCCAUGAAGGGCUGGGACGGCAUGCUUACGGUUGGGCCAAAGAUGGAGGGUUGCGGCAGUGCAACGACAAACUUGGACGAUUGGCUGCGCACUAUCGAAGAGGUUCCUCUGGCAGAGAAGAUCCGAAUGUACGCGAAUGCUUUUCAAAACCUUCUUGCUCCGUAUCUCACUCGUGUGCCGAAUGACAAGACUCUCCUCGAUCCUCCAGAAAGCACUUCAUCAGGAAACUGCGCUACCCGCCCAAUGGCCAGUCCGAUGCCAAACUCUCAAGACCCUACUGGCAUGCACAACAACAUAGACAAGCCACCCAGCACACCGCCCAAACCCGACACUUCCACCACCUCCUCCUCAUCCGCCUCCGCAGAACAGGAGAAUCGUGAUGCCUUGAAUAGUUCAGCAACUCUUACAAAUUCUCCACUUGUGGAUCUUUUGGGCGGCUCUGACGAUGACAUCAAUCCACCCAUCAUUGUGUUGUACGUGGUUGAGCCAUUUACCUAUGGAUGUGACUCCCCCGAGCUGGAGCGAAUCGCGUGCAUCUCCUUGCUGCGAAUCUACUCCGAACUUCUUAAAUCUAUUCCAGAAUCUGUGCGAACCAACAUAAAUCUUCAGAUUCUAUCUCUGGAGUCCAUUCUUGAGCUGGGUCACAAUAGGAAUCGCAAACGCCUCAGCGAUGAGAUCAAGUGCCUGGCUCUGAAUAUCUUUUCGCAGUGUCGUCGGUAUCUGUCGCACGCCAGCAGUGUCAAGAGUCUCACGGGCUUCGGCACAGCAGCCAAUAUGGAAGUGUUCUUAAAAUCUAAAGACGAACAGAACCGACAGCCUCACAAAAUAUACACGCCUCCGUACAUUUUGGCACCCACACAUGAGAAGGCCGACAAAACGGACUUCUCCCGCACUCGCAAUGGCUUCGAUCAGCAGCAGUUCUCCGUCAUGUAUUGCAACUAUUGCAUGAGUGAGGACCAGUCAUGGCUGUUGGCGACAGUGACCGAUGACCGUGGAGAGUUGCUGGAGAAAAUCAUCAUCAACAUUGACAUCCCGAAUAGGACACGUCGAAGAAAGGCACCUGCACGCCGAGUAGGCUUGCAGAAGCUAAUGGACUUCAUCAUGGGACUGAUAUCCCAAACGGAUCAGCCAUGGAGAUUGGUGAUAGGUCGAAUCGGACGCAUCGGUCAUGGUGAGCUGAAAUCAUGGAGCUGGCUGCUGAGCAAGCAGAAUCUGCAGAAGGCCACAAAACAACUGAAGGACAUUUGCAAGCAGUGCUCGCUUAUGUAUCCACCGAGUAUAUUGAGUGCAUGCCUUGUCACACUGGAGCCGGACUCCAAGUUGCGUGUUAUGCCAGAUCAGUUUACUCCGGACGAACGAUUUAGCCAAAUUUCAAUGCAAAAUCCUCUCUCAACACCACAGGAUGUAACGUGCACGCAUAUCUUGGUCUUUCCUACCAGUGCAGUUUGUCAGUCUUUCCAAAAAACAUUCAAUGAACUCAACGAGACGCAAGUAGAUAUCGAUAAUGAUUUUAUGUUUGAUCUUGACGAAGAUCCUGAAAAUCCAAUGAGUGAUGUCAACAUGGAUCUAUUCUGGGAUCCAGCUAUGGUCCAAACAGGAAUGGAAAGAAAUUCAAAUCAUGGCAGCCCAGAUCGCAUGGAGGACAAUCGCAGUUGGCAAAGUUCUAGUGGAAACAAUUUCAAUUCAUCGCGCAUGCAACAUGAUGCUCAGGAUAUUGAAGAGGUCGGUUCAGUACUUCAACAACCACUUGCUGUGGGUUAUUUUGUAUCAACAGCGCCUACAGGUCGCAUGCCUGCAUGGUUUUGGUCAGCUUGCCCUCACCUCGAGGACGUUUGUCCAGUGUUUCUUAAAACUGCUCUACACUUGCAUGUGCCAAACAUUCAAAACACCGAUGACAUCCUCAAUUCCAAUAGCCAUUCAACAGCAAACGAUCAUCCUCUGGACUCCAAUCUAACCGCCGAUGUCCUUCGUUACGUUCUGGAAGGCUACAAUGCCUUAUCGUGGCUAGCUUUGGACUCGAAUACACACGAUCGAUUGUCAUGUCUUCCAAUUAACGUCCAAACGUUAAUGGAUCUCUAUCAUCUGACGGCUGCCAUCGUCUAAAAAUAAACAGGUGUAAACUCUUUUUUUUUUGCUAUUACUAUUCUUUUAUUUUUUGUUUUUAACUUUGUACAUUAUUUUACAUAUUUUUAUCUUUUACUUUGUUUGAAAUAUUUGUGUUGAGGACUUAACAACAAAAAAUUGUAAGAAACUGUAGGGAAAACAUAAAAAGAAAAUUAUUAAAACAACAAAAAAAAAAACAAAAUGAAAAUCUGUGAUAUUAGAUUUUAUAUGGUUAGCGAAAACAAAAAACAUAACAACAUAAUUAUCAAACUUGUAAGGAUAUACUUAUAUUAUACAUAUAUACAAAAGUUAAAAAACAAAAACAAAAUUGAUACACUCAUAUACAUCCCGAGCUCAUAAUAAAUAAUAUACAUUAUAUAUUAGGUUGUUGAAAAAAAAAUAGAAAAAUAGAAAUAGAACAACUUCAACAAGACGACAGAUACAAAAUUUUGUAAAUUAUUUUUCUUCUAAUCUUUUUUUUUUAAUAUUUAUUUCUCAUUUUUAAGGCAAAAUCAAAUCAAAAAGUGGAGAAUAAAUUAUUAAACAACAAAAUAAUAAUUUAUUUCCUUAUUUUCAAAACGAUAAACUAACAGCAACAUUUAAAGAUUGGUGAUUGAGACGAUUUUGAGACAUUAAACAAUGUUGCAAUAAUAAUAUUUUUAGUUGACCAAUUGACUACAAAAUGGUUUCAUAUUUUUCUGGGGUUUGGGGCUAUAAGUUGUUACCCAUAUGUAAAAAAAGGACUUGUUUUUUAAUUUUUAAUUAAAUUAAGUGCCUAAUUCAAUUUGAAAUUUGACUUUGUUUUAUUUUGUUUGUUAAAUAUUUAUUAUGUGCCUUUAAUAAUAUAUUUUUGUGUCGUGUUCUUUUUUGUUUUUAUAAUUUAAAACAGUCUUAACCACCACAAUACGUACAUAGAAAAUAUUUAAAAAAAUAACAUAAUUAAUUCAUAAAUAGUUACAAACAACAAUAAAAUCUAUAACAAAAUCGAUUUGAUAUUUUAAAAAAAAAAAUAUUAUAAAUCAACAUCAAAUUCAACUAAGAUUUUAACACCGUUAAAUUGUUGCUCUAAAUAUGACUUCUUGGGCUCCUUUAUUGGGCUUUAACUAACGAAGGAAAAGUAUGGCAAUAAUUUAUCAGUAUUUUUUUUAAAUGAAACAGCUUUUAAACGACUAUUUCGAGUAAAUAAAAAUAUUGAUAUAAGAUCAAAACCAGGCACUGGUAAAAUUAACUUGAUUUUAACGCUCCAAUGCAAUUAGAUUAUGGAGAAUUAAGCUAAAUCAAUUAAUUCGAUUCCGAAAUCAAGGUCAUUACGAAUUUCUCUUCUUUUAAGAACAUGGCUUUCUGAUUCAAUGGAAAUGCCAAAAAAUAAAUAUUCAUAACUUAACAGCUUAUAUUUUUCAAUUCUAAGAAUAAAUGGCAUAACUCUUUAAUAGUCUAGUAAAAUAAGAUGAAAAAAAAGAGUUCUGAAAAUGUAGGUAGAAAGUAAGGUGGAAAAAGGUGUUCCAAACUUUUCUUAGAUUUAUUGAUUGACGAGAACAGAGGAAUAAAAUAUAAACAAGUUGUACAUUUCAUUUAACAAUCAAAUUAGCUUUGUUUUUCUUUAUAGAGAAUUGUUGAGAAAUCCAAUCACGAAAAUUCUCAGAUUUCUGACAACAAAAGUGAGAAAUUUGGUAGGUUCAGACAUCAUAAGGGACUUCAUUGCAGUAAACUGCAUUUUUUGAAUGUACGAUUUAACCAAAGCAACUACUAUUCAGUUUUUCAAGUGUCAUACAUUUCAAAGUCGAAACUCUACUCUAAAUUGAUACUGAAAAAACUACAAAAACAUUAUUCUUUACAAAAAAAACUGCUUAAAUAAGCUACAAGUUCAUCACGACUUGUAUUUUGUAUAAUAUUUUUAAACUUCAGAGUAAUAAUUUGAGCUUUCAAUCAACUGAAAAAAACAUGAUAAGUUGUCAUUUAGACAUCAUUGGACUUGACUUGAUAGUUGAGGAGAUUUUUCUUGGUUAACUUUUGCAGUCGACUUUUUAAAAAAGUUGCCUUAAUUGGAAGGCAUUUUUUUGACGGCUAGCAAAAAAGAUACUAGAAACUUGCUUGCCUCGCUUUAAAGUCCCUUAAGUCGUCUGAACCUCCUCGUUUAUAUGAGACAUAUUGUUGAUGUUCAAGAGAAUAUAGAACUCUCUGAUGUCUUGGAAAAAUAAACUGGCUAAUUGUAUAAAAAGUCUCAUAAUAUCUGUGUCAUAAGUUACAAAUCGUCAAACUUUGCGAAAAGUCUGUUUGUAUAGCUCCAACGGUGUGAACGUCUUUACCAAUAUUGUGGAGUAUACAAUUUGCUACACUUUUCCGUCGCAAACAUUUUCUUAUACGCUUAACCGUUUCACAGAAAGAAGGUAGAAAGAAAAAGUAAAACAUCUCAUCAUUUAAAACAGAAAUGUUAGGACAUGAUUUAAAGCCCUAGAAAUAUAGCUGAGUGCUCCAAAAAGAAUUCCUAAAUACCUUAUAUGAAUUUCAAUCAAUUUUUACUCCAAUAGUUUAUAUCAUAUCUAUUCUUAAAAAAUUACUUAACAUCAAUUGAAGUCUUUCAGCAUUAUCCUUGUCACUUGAUAAGAUAAGAAAACUAGAAAAGGUUACUUUGGCUUUGAUUUUAUUUGACCUCGCACUUCUGCUUUUUCUAGCGUAUGAAAAAUGGUGCUAUUAUCAAUAUAAGAUAUUUGAAAGGCAAAUAAUCACGAAAAAAGCAUUGUUCGCGACGCUGACAUGAGAUUUUUUAAGACUUUUUACAUAAUGUUCAAGUUAUAAACAAAAUUACCAACUUACUAUCUUUCAUUCCGAGGUGAAAACCUUAUUUUACUAGACUAUGAAGUUUUGCCUCAUUGUACAAUUUGUCCAAAUCAGAAUUAAAUACUUUUAGGAAAUUUUUCCAGUCGUCUUCAUUAUCGUUUAAAUCAAGACAUUGAAGAAAUUCAUCGAAGAAGGUGUGUGUUUCUAUCGCGUAUCAUCUUCCAAAAUUAGGAAUUUGAAUAAUGGUAAAACUUGCUUUUACAAAUCCUUAUAUCAAUAUUUCAGUUUCAGGAGUACGUGGGCUUUCACUUUAAUGUGGUACAUCUGAGCUCACAGAGAUAAAAGAAAAAUUAACGGCAUUUCCAAAUUUUAUCUAUGGGGAAUAUUUGGUAGGAUAUUUUAUCCCAAAACUAUAUAUCCAUCAUUAAAGCUAACCACUAAAUUUAACCACUUAUCCCUUUUUUUGGAAUCUGUGUCGGAAAUUAUUUUAACACCCUCGAAGCUCUUGAAGCAAAAUUUGUUGCUCAAAUGAAAUAUAACCUUUCUUGACCCAUCUUCUUUUCAUUGUGCAGAAAAUAGUUUUACUGAACAGUCAAUUAUGGCCCAAGGCGUUGUCGAAUUUUUCAGUCAACAUUAUUAAAUGAACAGAUUGACGAAAACCUCUAAUUUGUUCUUUAUAAUCCAAAUUUCCUGCCGCUUAUUUGUUUGUAUAUGACUCAUUUUAAAAAAAUCGAUUUUGUUAUAGAUUUUCUAACAACAAAAAAUUAAAAAAAUAUCCAAUAUUAAAAAAGAAAACAAGAAAAUAGAAAAAUAAAUAGCCCCAACAUGAAUCCCCUGUUAACUUAUGUCCAUUCUUUCCUCAACAAAAAUUCAACACCAAUCUAUCACAAUCUAUUUUUAUUUGACCACAACAACAACAAAAACAAAAACUUUUAAAAUUAAAACAGUUUUCGGAAACAAGACUUGCUGAAAACUCAAUUGUGACUCAAUUAUUUUUAUAGUAAAGAAGAAAAAGAGAGAAAAAAAAAACAAAAAUAGCAUUAAUCUUACUCUACACAAUAUUUAAAAAAAAAAGUCCUCAUCCUUUUAAACAAAAUAAUUAAAACAAAAAAUAGACAUUAAUUUUAAAAACCAAACCGAUACCGAUGCCACAACGCAUAAAAAUACGUUGUUCAAAAAUAAAAGAAUCAAGUAAACAGAUCCCAAAUUACAACAAAACAAAUAAAACAAAAAAUCAAACUUAUAUUUUGUACAUUACUACUAAUUGUUAAGUAUAUAUAUAAAAAGUAAACAAAACAAAAUUCUUAAAUUAAAUUUUCAUUUCUACUUUUAAGAUGAAAUUAUGAUAUAAUUAAUUGUCUGUAAAUAAAUUGCUUUAUAAAAACAACAAAACCAUAAAAUUAAAACAGAAAAUAAUUAAAUAAAAACACCGACAAAAACGAUCAAGUAAACAUAAACCUAAGCUAAAUAUUGAGAUUUUGUACAUAGACACAAAAAGCAAGGUAACCCCCCCCCCCCCCAACACAUUUUAUACAAAGUUUUAAAUUUAAAUUAAAAACAAAAAAAAUCUAGUUCAUAAAAACAUAAAUAUAGUAUAUAAAUAUAUUAAAAAAAGGACACAAGUUAAAAUUAUUCUAAUGAUAGUUUAAAUUGUAAAUAUAAAUAAAAAUAAGAAAGAAAAAUAAUUAUUAUAUUAUAAUCUAGUUAAAAAUUAAAUAUAAAAACAAAACAAAAAAACCAUGCAAAAUGUUUUAAUUUAAUUAAAAACAAAAAAAUAAAUGUGUAGUUUAAACAAAAUAAAAAUUAGCUACAAUAUGUAAAUAUAUAAAAAAUCAUUUGAUAAUUUAUAUAAGAAUUUAUUUUAUAAGUAAAAACAAAAACAUGUGUAUAAUAAAAUAUUAUAUAAAAACAAAAACUAUGUAUUUAACAUUGCACUAUGUUAUUGAGAUGUGUUUUAUAAAGUAUUUUUAUUUAAUUUGUUUCAUGGCAGAAAAACAGAAAAAACAAAAA